CCUUUCCACUCGCUUUCAUCCAAGGUUCUGUGUCUGCUGAGCUUCUGGCUGCUGCUGAGACAAACACUUACAGAGAGACAGGAAAAACAAAAAGAAAACAGUGCUGGUCUCUCUGAUGUUCAUGUGGAGGAUCAGAAGAAGAAGGAGGAAGAGGACUCUGAGGAUGGAGGGGAGCAGGACAUCAUGCAGGUUCUGGGCAACAUGGUCAUAGCUCUGCUAGUCAAAUACUGGAUCUACAUCUGUGGUGGCAUGUUCUUCAUCGUCAGCUUUGAGGGAACCAUUGUCAUGUACAAGAUCAUCUACAUGAUGAUGUUCCUCUCCUGUGUGGCGCUCUACCAGGUCCACUAUGAGUGGUGGCGAAGGUUCCUGAAGUACUUCUGGAUGUCUGUCGUGAUAUACACCAUGCUGGUCCUCAUACUGGUCUACACCUUCCAGUUUACUCGCUGGUCUAAUUUCUGGUCAAAGAAGUUAGGAAUGGAUGAAAAAGGCUUGGAGGACCUGGGCCUGAAUAAGUUUGAAGUCUCCGUGCUGUUCACCAGGAUUUUCAUUCCCACUUCCUUCUUGCUGGUGUGUAUACUCCAUCUGCACUAUUUCCACGACCGCUUCCUCCAGCUCACCGACCUCCAGGCUGUAGUGGCCAAAGAGGAGAGCACUAUCUACAGACUGGUGCACCAGGAUGGCAGCCUAGCAGACCUCACCAUACUCAGUGCCAGCUCGGUGGAGGCAACGCUGUCCAGAGAGGAACAGGAGCCACAGGGAGAGUGGGAGACGGAGAAGGAGAAGGAGCAGGACCUGGUGGUGGUGAUGUAUGACACUGACAUGACUGGUGAGAAGCCCAGGAGCUUUUCCGACCCGCGGCAGUCCAGCACAGAGGAGAGCCACCACUGCAGUGCGAGGACAGAGCCAGAGCCAAGCACCGAGCAGAGCUCAGAUCUGAAGAAUAAAUGGCACCUGGUGGUUGACCGUCUGACUGUGCUCUUCCUCAAGUUCCUGGAGUAUUUUCAUAAACUACAGCUGUUCAUCUGGUGGUUACUGGAGAUCCACAUCAUCAAGAUUGUGUCCUGCUACAUUGUUAUGGUCUCUGUGUCUUUGUUCAACUAUGUGUUCCUGGCAUCCUGGGCCUUUGCGCUGCCCUACAGCCAGUAUCGUCCCCUUGCUUCCAGUACAGGAAACUACUCAGAGGGGCAGAGGACUGAGCUGGGCAAGUCUCUGCUGUAUAAUGAUUCAGUGGAUCCAGCCAUUUGGGUUGGCCUGAACAAGUCUCCUGACCUGCUGGGCUACCUCAGGAACAACCUGUUGAUAAUGGCUCUGUUAGCAUUUGAGGUGACCAUCUACCGUCAUCAGGAAUACUUUAGACUGAGAAACAAACUGUCGCCUCCGGCUGCCAGGAUUAUCUUCCAUGAUAUCACACGGCAGCAUCUAGACAUUGGCAUCAUCAGCUUCAUCAAAUACUUCAUCAACUACUUCUUCUACAAGUUUGGACUUGAGACUUGCCUGCUGUUGGGGGUCAAUGUUAUCGGGCAGCGCAUGGACUUCUACGCCAUGCUUCACGCCUUUGCCCUAAUUGCAGUCAUGUAUAGACGCAGGAGGAAAGCCAUCGCUGAGAUCUGGCCCAAGUACUGCUUCUUCCUGGCCUGCAUGCUGACUUUCCAGUACUUUGUCUGCAUCGGGAUCCCACCUGCAGCCUGUAAAGACUAUCCCUGGAGGUCUCCCACCUCUACUACAGACUCCAAUGUGAUCAAGUGGCUCUAUGUUCCAGAUUUCCUGACUCAACCCAACUCAUUUUUCCUCAUUUAUGACUUCAUGUUGCUGCUUUGUGCCUCUCUCCAGAGGCAGGUCUUUGAUGAUGAGAACAAGGCAGCAGUCCGCCUCAUGGCUGGUGACAACGUGGAGAUCUGCCGAGACCUUGACGCAGCCUCUUUCAGUGUCCACAACCCCGUCCCCGACUUUAUCCACUGCAGGUACAGCUGUUCAUACUAAUUAUUAUUAUGGUAAUACAUUUUACACAAAAGCAG